AUGUGGGCGAAUGGCAGCGAGGGAGCAGAGGAGGGGGUCCCGGGUCGCCCCCCCUGGGUGCGCCCCGCCUUGGCAUUCGUCCUCAUCGUCACCAUCGUGGGGGAUCUGCUGGGCAACGCACUGGUCAUCGUGUCCGUGGCCCGGAACAAGAAGCUGAGAAACGCGGGAAACGCAUUCGUGGUGAGCCUUGCGGUGGCGGACCUGGUGGUGGCCGUGUACCCGUACCCUCUGGUACUCAGAGCCAUCCUACAGCGUGGCUGGAGCCUGGGCCCCGUGCACUGCCAGGUCAGCGGCUUCUUCAUGGGCUUGAGCGUCGUCGGCUCCGUCUUCAACAUCACCGCCAUCGCCCUCAACCGCUACUGCUCCGUGUGCCACGGGCCACGCUACCUCCGCCUCUUCAGCGCCCGCCACACCCUGGGCUACGUGGCCCUGGUCUGGCUGCUGGCCCUCCUGGCCGUGGUGCCCAACGUGCUGGUCGGUUCCCUCCGCUACGACCCCCGCAUCUUCUCCUGCACCUUCACCCAGUCGGUCAGCGCGGCCUACACCGUGGCCGUGGUCUGCUUCCACUUCCUGCUGCCCAUGGCCGUCGUGGCCUUCUGCUACCUGCGCAUCUGGGGCCUGGUGCUGCGCAUCCAGCGGCGGCGGCGGGGCCGGCCGUCCCCCGGGCCCCGGCCCUCACCCCAAGACCUCCGCAACUUCGUCACCAUGUUCGCGGUGUUCGUGCUCUUCGCCCUUUGCUGGGCCCCCCUGAACUUCAUCGGCCUGGCGGUGGCCGUCGCUCCCGGCCGAACACUGCCCCGGCUCCCGGACUGGCUGUUCGUGGUCAGCUAUUACCUGGCCUACUUCAACAGCUGCCUCAACGCCGCCGUCUACGGGCUCCUCAACCGCCACUUUCGCCGAGAGUACUGGAACCUCGCCCUGGGCCUCUGCCCCGCCGGGGGGUGCCAACCCCACUGCCCCGGACCCGGACCCGGAGCCCAGGGAGAGACUCUCCCACGCACCUCCCAAGGCGACCGAGUCCAGGUGGAAUCGGUGUGA